GCGGUAUUGAACUGAUUCCUCCCCUUGGUUCCUUUGCUCCCUCCUUCCUUCCUCUUCCGGUGACGGCGGCACCAGAUAUUAAAGAUGGUUCAGCGCCUGACAUACCGUCGUAGGUUGUCCUACAAUACAGCCUCAAAUAAGACCAGGCUGUCUCGGACACCAGGUAACAGAAUUGUGUAUUUGUACACCAAGAAAGUUGGCAAGGCACCAAAAUCAGGUUGUGGUAUCUGCCCAGGGAGACUCCGUGGUAUCCGUGCUGUUAGACCUAAAGUACUCAUGAGGCUCUCCAAAACCAAAAAGCACGUCAGCAGAGCUUAUGGUGGAUCCAUGUGUGCAAAAUGUGUUCGUGACAGAAUCAAGCGGGCUUUCCUCAUUGAGGAACAGAAGAUUGUUGUGAAAGUAUUGAAGGCUCAGGCACAGAGUCAAAAGACAAAGUAAUCUAUUGUGUAUUGCCCGUAUCAAAAUAAACACGUUCCACUUGUAUUAUG